CACGCGUGGCCCCGCCCCCGUCCCCGGCGCUCGGAGCCCGAGUCCGCGGGAAGAUGGCUGCCCCGCUCAUCCCCCUCGCCCAGCAGAUUCCAACUGGAAAUCCAUUAUAUGAAUCUUAUUAUAAGCAGGUAGAUCCGGCAUACACAGGCCGGGUUGGGGCUAGUGAAGCUGCGCUUUUUCUGAAGAAGUCUGGACUCUCAGACAUUAUCCUUGGGAAGAUAUGGGACUUGGCUGACCCAGAAGGUAAAGGGUUCUUGGACAAACAGGGAUUCUAUGUUGCACUGAGACUAGUGGCUUGUGCACAGAGUGGCCAUGAAGUUACCUUGAGCAAUCUGAAUUUGAAUAUGCCGCCACCUAAAUUCCAUGACACCAGCAGUCCUUUGAUGGUCACCCCGUCGUCUACAGAGCCCCAUUGGGCUGUCAGGGUGGAAGAAAAGGCCAAAUUUGAUGGAAUCUUUGAAAGUCUCCUUCCUAUAAAUGGUCUGCUUUCUGGAGACAAAGUCAAGCCAGUCCUCAUGAACUCCAAGCUGCCUCUUGACGUCCUGGGCAGGGUCUGGGACUUGAGUGACAUCGACAAGGAUGGACACCUGGACAGAGAUGAGUUUGCUGUGGCGAUGCACUUGGUAUACCGAGCCCUUGAGAAGGAGCCUGUGCCCUCUGUCCUGCCCCCAUCCCUCAUUCCCCCCUCGAAGAGAAAGAAGACAGUCUUUGCAGGGGCCGUGCCUGUCCUGCCCGCCAGCCCACCACCAAAAGACAGCCUGCGCUCGACACCUUCCCAUGGCAGCGUCAGCAGCCUAAAUAGCACAGGAAGCUUGUCUCCCAAGCAUAGCAUCAAGCAGACACAGCCGACAGUGAACUGGGUGGUGCCAGUGGCAGACAAAAUGAGGUUUGACGAGAUAUUUCUGAAGACUGACCUGGACCUAGAUGGCUACGUGAGUGGCCAAGAAGUGAAGGAGAUCUUCAUGCAUUCAGGCCUCACCCAGAACCUUCUAGCGCACAUAUGGGCCCUGGCCGAUACCAGGCAAAUGGGGAAGUUAAGCAAAGACCAGUUUGCAUUAGCCAUGUACUUCAUUCAGCAGAAGGUCAGUAAAGGCAUCGACCCCCCUCAAGUUCUGUCGCCGGACAUGGUCCCACCUUCAGAGAGGGGCACACCCAUCCCGGACAGCUCUAGUUCCCUGGGCUCAGGGGAGUUCACUGGUGUGAAGGAGCUGGAUGAUAUCAGCCAGGAGGUCGCCCAGUUACAGAGAGAGAAAUACUCACUGGAACAAGAUAUCAGAGAGAAAGAAGAGGCCAUCAGACAAAAAACCAGCGAAGUUCAGGAAUUACAAAAUGAUCUAGACCGGGAAACAAGCAGUUUGCAAGAGCUGGAAGCUCAGAAACAGGAUGCCCAAGAUCGCCUGGAUGAAAUGGACCAGCAGAAGGCCAAGCUCCGUGACAUGCUCAGUGAUGUCAGGCAGAAGUGCCAGGACGAGACCCAGAUGAUCUCCUCAUUGAAGACCCAGAUUCAGUCUCAGGAAUCUGACCUCAAGUCCCAGGAAGAUGACCUAAACCGGGCCAAAUCGGAGCUGAACCGGCUGCAGCAGGAGGAGACACAACUGGAGCAAAGUAUCCAGGCUGGGAAGGUCCAACUGGAAACCAUCAUCAAGUCCCUCAAGUCCACACAAGAUGAAAUCAACCAGGCAAGAAGCAAACUCUCCCAGCUUCAUGACAGCCACCAGGAAGCCCAGGAACAGUUUGACCAGGCGCUUGAUGGAGCCCGAGGCGCCAGCCUGACCAACCUAGCUGACCUGAGCGAGGGAGUCUCCUUGACAGACAGGGUCGGUUUUGGAGCCAUGGUAAAGGAUGAUCCUUUCAAAAAUAAGGCCUUGUUAUUUAGCAACAAUACACAAGAAUUGCAUCCAGAUCCUUUCCAAGCUGAAGAUCCCUUCAAAUCUGACCCAUUCAAAGGAGCUGAUCCUUUCAAAGGUGACCCAUUCCAGAGUGACCCUUUUGCAGAACAACAGACAGCUUCAGCAGAUCCAUUUGGAGGGGAUCCUUUCAAAGAAAGUGAUCCAUUCCGAGGCUCUGCCCCUGAAGACUUCUUUAAGAAACAGACAAAGAAUGACCCAUUUACCUCAGACCCAUUCACGAAAAACCCAUCCUUACCUUCAAAGCUCGACCCCUUUGAAUCCAGUGAUCCUUUCUCAUCUUCCAGUGUCUCCUCAAAAGGAUCAGGUCCCUUUGGAACAUUAGACCCCUUCGGAAGUGGGUCCUUCAGUAGUGCUGAGGGCUUUGCUGACUUCAGCCAGAUGUCCAAGCCCCCAACUUCUGGCCCUUUCACCUCCUCCUUUGGAGGGGCAGGAUUCUCAGAGGACCCCUUUAAAAGUAAACAGGACACUCCCGCUCUGCCUCCGAAGAAGCCUGCUCCUCCGCGGCCUAAACUGCCCAGCGCAGCAAUGGCUGAACAGAAAGGCCCUGCGCGGUACACACUGCUGGGCGGUAAAAGUACACCUGUAAACCAGCUUGGUUCCACAGACUUUCCCGAGCCCCCUGAUCCAUUCCAGCCACGAGGGGCUGACAGCAGUGACCCGUUUCAAAAUAACAAGGGGUUUGGGGACCCGUUUAGUGGAAAAGAUCCAUUUGCUCCCUCCUCUUCAGCUAAACCUUCUAAAGCCUCUUCCUUGGGUUUUGCAGACUUCACCUCUUUUGGCAAUGAAGAGCAGCAGCUGGCUUGGGCCAAGCGGGAGAGUGAGAAAGCGGAGCAGGAGAGGCUGGCGCGGCUACGGCGGCAAGAGCAGGAAGAUCUGGAGCUGGCCAUCGCGCUCAGCAAGGCUGAUAUGCCUGCCGCCUAGGCUAGGGCUCAGCAUGGGCCGAGGGUGAGAGGGAGGUGUGCACACGGAGAAACUCGGAUUCCUGUAAGGACUCGCUGGCCAGAGGGCCAACCCCUCCGGAUGGCACUUCCCGGGCCUUGGAGAAGCAGUUUACCUCCGGUGGGGGGGCCGCUGCUGUGACAUCUCCAUCAGGUGACAGCACCUGCCUCUUCCACCUGGACCUGCACAGGAUGCCAGAGGAAGCGGCAGAGUCCCCUGGUCUUCCAUCCCGCUCAUAGCCGCCGAACACCCUGACGCCCUUGCGGACCCCCGUGAGACAGACACCCUGUGAUGUAUGCAUUUGUUGUAUAAAAUUUAAGUUUGAAUGAUUAAU